AUGAACAAGGCAUGUAUCAGCAUCCUUACCAUAUGUCGAUUCAAGAAGCUUGAAAUCUUAAAGAAACGUUUCAUAACUAGCGUAGAAGCAUUUGCUCAUAGCAGAAGAGAAGAAGGAGGACAAGAAGAAGAAGUAAUCCAAAAAAGUAGGAUUUUUCAUAAGUUCAUUUCCCAUUCAAACAAUCAAAUAAAAUACGCAAGUUUGUGUAAAUCUCAUCACAGGCUCGGGUCACCUGAGUUAUCUAUUUCUGAACAGACAAUGAAUAACGAAAAAAAUACAAAAAAAAAUUAUGAACAUGAUCUUCCGUCUGAACAUGUUAAUACAAUGACAAAUAACGAAAUAAAGAAUUCAACACAUGUUGAUGAGAAUAACAGUAACUUUCAAUAUGAUUACGAUUAUGUAGUUAUCGGAGGAGGGCCAGGAGGAAUGGCAUCAGCAAAAGAAGCAGCAGCACAUGGGGCUAAGGUUCUUCUAUUCGAUUAUGUUAAACCAAGUAAUAAAGGAACCAAAUGGGGAAUUGGAGGGACUUGUGUUAAUGUAGGAUGUGUACCAAAGAAAUUAAUGCAUUAUGCAGGAAAUAUGGGUAGUAUAUUUAAAUUAGAUUCUAAUAAAUAUGGAUGGUCAUACAAUAAUUUAAGACACAAUUGGGGGAAGUUAGUUACCACUGUUCAGUCUCAUAUACGUUCUUUAAAUUUUAGCUAUAUGACAGGACUCAGAUCUUCCAAAGUCAAAUAUAUUAAUGGAUUGGCCAAAUUGAAAAAUAAAAAUACUGUAUCUUAUUAUUUAAAAGGAGAUAUGUCCAAAGAAGAAUUCGUUACAUCUAAAUAUAUACUUAUUGCAACAGGCUGUAGACCUUAUAUUCCUGAAGAUGUUCAAGGCGCGAAAGAAUUGUCCAUAACUUCAGAUGACAUAUUUUCUUUAAAGACAGAACCAGGAAAAACACUAGUUGUAGGUGCAUCAUAUGUAGCCUUAGAAUGUGCAGGUUUUCUGAAUUCAUUAGGUUACGACGUCACUGUAUCUGUUCGAUCCAUUGUUUUACGAGGAUUUGAUUCUCAAUGUGCAGAGAAGGUAAAGAAUUACAUGGAAGAACAAGGGGUUGUUUUUAAGUAUGGGGUACUUCCAACAAAAUUGUCAAAAGUUGUAGAAAGUGCGGAAAGUGCGCAAAAUGUGGAAAAAGUGGAAAAAGUAGAAACAGCAGUAGAAUCAGCACCCGAGAGAAGAGAGAAAAUUUUGGUCCUUUUCAGUGACGGAACGAGCGAUGUGUUCGAUUGUGUGAUGUAUGCAACAGGAAGAAAAGGAGAUAUAGAACACCUAAAUCUUGAACAAAUGAACAUCAAGGUAAAUAAAAAUAUAAACAAAAUUAUAACAAAUGAUGUUAGCUGUACGGAUGUACCAAAUAUUUUUGCUGUGGGAGAUGUAGUAGAAAAUGUACCUGAACUUGCACCUGUAGCUAUUAAAGCAGGAGAAAUUUUAGCUAGAAGACUGUUUAAAAAAUCGGAAGAAGUUAUGGACUAUACGUUUGUACCUACAUCUAUAUAUACCCCUAUUGAAUAUGGGGCCUGUGGGUAUUCAGAAGAAAAAGCAUACGAAGUAUUUGGAAAAUCAAAUGUAGAAAUAUUUCUUCAAGAAUUUAACAAUUUAGAAAUAUCUGCAGUCCAUAGGGAGAAGCAUAUUCGAGCACAAAAGGAUGAAUACGAUACAGAUGUCAGUAGUAUUUGUCUGGCAAAACUUGUUUGUUUAAAAAAUGAGGAUAAUCGGGUUGUUGGAUUUCAUUAUGUUGGUCCAAAUGCAGGUGAAGUUACACAAGGAAUGGCCCUAGCCUUGAAACUAAAGGCCAAAAAGAGCGACUUUGACAAUUGCCUUGGUAUUCAUCCAACAGAUGCAGAAUCGUUUAUGAACCUGUCCAUCACACUGUCGUCUGGCUUAUCCUAUGCCGCGAAAGGGGGGUGCGGUGGUGGCAAGUGCGGCUAG